GCAUCUCUCCAUGGUAGGGAUAGCUCUACGCGCGUUGUCACGCGUGUUAUCUCGCGCGAAUCAACCUAUCCCACGUAGUGCAUCGCAUCCGUGCUCCACGUAUCUCACAAGUGUAUCGUGUAUGCACGUGUGCGCACGUCAUAUUACCCGCUGCAGACGUAACGAGUAACGAGAGACGACAGACAGCUCGAGAUCCUAAAAUAUUGUCGCGUCCACGGGAAUAAGACAGUUUUUUUCGUACGUGCAUAUUACGCGGGUUUUUUUUUUACAGUUAUCGUUCUUUCUCAGUCGGGGGUCGAGAUACACGAGAUUCUCAAAUCGCCCGUAAUCUUGUUGUACGUGCAAGAUUGUUUUGUAUCCGAUCGAAUCAUCUGAUGUUUACGCUCCACUCAGCACGUAGGCGUACUGAUGACACUGAUGUGAAAGGAGAACGGCGAACUGAGCCUGAGCGAACCCCCAGCCGCGCUGUCAUUUGCACAGUCUUUGCGCCUUUUAUCACGGUCUGAUUAAUGUCGCGACAAGUCAGUCGCAUCAGCGGCUUUUCUAUGCUGAAAUGAAUCCCGAGACUGGUGGAAGAAUGUUCUAUCGGCUGCUCCUGGCGAUCUUGCUUUUCCACUUGCAAGUAGGCGGAAAUUAUUUCGGGAGUAACUCCAGGAAAGAUGAUCAAUGUUUUUGCAAGCUGAAAGGUUCUGUGGAUGACUGUGCUUGCAACGUCGAUGCCGUGGACCAUUUUAAUAAUAUGAGAAUAUAUCCGAGAAUUCAAAGUCUUCUAGUCAGAGAUUAUUUUAGAUUUUACAAAGUGAACUUGAAACAGGAUUGUCCGUUCUGGGCAGAUGACAGCAAAUGCGCUAUACGCUACUGUCACGUGCUACCUUGCCAAGAUGACGAUAUUCCUGAAGGUUUAAAGGGAGAUAUUCCAAGAGAUACCCAUUUCAACGAAAAUCCAGUAGAUAAAUAUAGAGCCGAUGCGCAAAUUAAUGACUGUAGGCACAGUGCAAAAGAUCAUAAUAUAGAACUCGGUUUCCUGAACACGACAAUUAGCUCGGAGAACUAUAAAGAAUUCGAACGAUGGCAACAGCAUGACGAUGCCCAAGAUAAUUUCUGCGUAAAAGAAUCUAGUCCUGGAGAAUACGUGGAUCUUUUACUUAACCCUGAAAGAUAUACGGGAUACAAGGGAACCAGUGCACAUAGAAUAUGGCGGUGUAUUUAUAUGGAAAAUUGUUUUAGGCCUGAAAACUCACCUCACAUUUUUAUACAAUCUUCUAAGAUGAAUGGAAUGUGUUUAGAAAAACGAGUUUUUUACCGAGUUAUAUCCGGUUUACAUGCCAGUAUCAACAUCCAUUUGUGUUCAAAGUAUUUGCUGGUCCCACAAGACAGUUUACAAGUGUCACCUAACAAUCAAUGGGGUCCCAACCUGGAUGAGUUGCAAAGAAGAUUUUCUCCUGAAACAACAGGUGGCGAAGGUCCAAAUUGGCUGAAAAAUCUAUAUUUUAUUUAUUUACUUCAAUUGCGAGCUCUAGCCAAAGCUGCGCCUUACUUGGAAAGAGAAGAAUACUAUACAGGUAACGAAAUGGAUGACGAAGAUACAAGAUUGGCUAUGAACGAUAUUUUAAAUGUUGUUAGAUCGUUCCCGGUUCAUUUUAACGAAACGGUUAUGUUUACCGGUGGAGCAGAGGCACGAUUGCUGAAGGAAGAAUUUAGACAACAUUUUAUAAAUAUUUCACGUAUCAUGGAUUGCGUAGGAUGUGACAAGUGUAAACUAUGGGGUAAACUGCAAAUCCAUGGUCUGGGCACUGCGUUAAAGAUAUUAUUCUCAGGAAAAUUUGAUAAAUGGGAACCAACGCUUAAUAACCUUAAUCGAAAGUUAUUCUUCCUAGAAAGAAGUGAAAUUGUUGCUUUGGUCAAUGCUUUCGGAAGGUUAUCAGAAAGUAUUUUUGAAUUAGACAGAUUUCGCAGAAUGAUGAGAUAACGUAUUACCGAUUUGUAAUUAGAGAAUUUCCAGUACCACUACGAAACAUCACGUAAACACAUCACGUCGCUCAGAUUUUCUACUUUUCUUUUUUAUCGCUGUCUUUAUUUAUAGAGAAUUUUGUUGCAUCUGAUCUAAUUGAUUGAAUUGCACGUUUGCAUUAGUAUUUUUUAUGUUGCAUUUUAAAAUAAUUUAUUAUAAUUAUAUAUAUUUAUAUAUUACAUAUUAUAAUUAAAUCAUUAAGAAUAGAUCUGAUCGUAUUUUAUCUGAUCAAAUUUCACACAAGUAUCCUUUCUGUGCAAGAAUAUGAUCUAUUGGAAUGUAAAAUUUUGAAACUAUGUAAACGUCAGUUCCAUUGUCAGCUGCAAUUAAGUUUGGACUUUAAUUAUUCGUUAUCUCUUCCGAUACUAUAGGAAAGCUGUACAUACAUGCAUACAUAUAAAUAUGCAUAAUAUAUAAUUAAAUGAUAAUAUAUAAGGACCGAUUGCACCAGUGUUUAUUCAUGCAAAUCAAUAAUUAAGUUUUCUUCCUAUAUUGUAUUGUAACUAAGACUAGAAUAUAAAACGAAACUGAGAAUACACCAAUCAAGGGAAAAAGUUAUAGGUAUGUUAUGCAAGUGGUUAUCAUACGAAGAAUGUAGCUAGAUAUAUUUAUCUCGUAAGACUGGCGUCCGAAUUGAUAUUUUCUUCCGAUUUGUAUAGCUUUCGACUCCGUCUGUGAUAAAUAUUUUAUCUAAGGCAACUAUUUACAUAACUUAAAUUUAUGUACAUUAUGCUUGUUUGGGUUUUGUUCAUACAAUACAUAUUUUUAUAAUCGAUGUGACAUCAAAUCUUACUCAUGUGAGUGACUCAUUAUUUAUAAAGAUAUAGAAUAUCUUACAGAAUUAUUGUGUACAAAUAUAUAAAUACUUAAAGUAAUAUAUAUUGUGCAAUAAUCUGAUUUGUACUUGUGAAUUUUUGCACGUACACGUGCGUGUAGGUUUUAUUAAUAUUAUUAGACCGAAGCUUACGAUAUGCUAUAUCAAUAUUUUAUAAGGACGAUAUAACGUAGUCAUAUAAAUGAGGAAAUAGAAAAAUAAAUUUGAGUACGACAUUCCAAAAAUACUCCAAUAUAA